CUCCGCGCCCUUGGCAGGGGCAGCGCCCGCCGCGGCCAUGGCGGCCUGGCCCACUGUGCCCCUCCUCAUCAACCUCGGCGGGUCGCUGCUGGGCUUCGCGGCCACGCUCACGCUGAUUCCGGCCUUCACGGACCACUUCCUCGCCGCGCGGCUCUUCGGGGAGGACCUCAACAAGACCUCAAGGCGGCCCGUCCCCGAAGCACAGGGCGUGAUCAGCGGUGCCGUGUUCCUGAUCAUCCUCUUCUGCUUCAUCCCCGUGCCCUUCCUGAGAUGUUUUGUGGAGGAGCAGUGCGCGGCCUUUCCUCACGACGAGUUCGUGGAGCUCAUCGGUUCGCUCCUUGCCAUCUGCUGCAUGAUUUUCCUGGGCUUUGCAGAUGAUGUUCUGAACCUGCGCUGGCGCCACAAGUUGCUUCUUCCUACCAUGGCUUCCCUCCCACUGCUCAUGGUUUACUUCACCAACUUUGGGAACACGACCAUUGUGGUGCCUAAGCCCUUCCGGGUGCUGCUGGGCAUGCACUUGGACCUGGGUAUCCUCUACUACGUGUACAUGGGUAUGCUAGCAGUGUUCUGCACUAAUGCCAUCAACAUUCUUGCUGGAAUUAAUGGAAUUGAAGCAGGACAGUCGCUGGUGAUAGCUGCUUCCAUUAUCAUAUUCAAUAUUGUAGAGCUAAACGGGGAUUAUCAAGAUGAUCACAUUUUUUCUCUCUACUUCAUGAUUCCCUUUUUUUUUACCACACUGGGCCUAUUUUACUACAACUGGUACCCAUCUCGAGUGUUUGUUGGGGAUACCUUCUGCUACUUUGCUGGCAUGACCUUUGCUGUGGUGGGGAUCUUGGGACACUUCAGCAAAACAAUGCUGCUUUUUUUCAUCCCACAAGUACUCAACUUCCUCUAUUCAUUGCCUCAACUCUUCCACGUCAUUCCUUGUCCCCGUCACCGGCUACCGAGGCUUAAUCCUAGUACAGGCAGGUUGGAGAUGAGCUACUCCAAAUUCAAAACUAAGAGCCUCUCUGCCCUGGGAACAAGCAUUCUGAAGGUAGUCAAGAUCUUGCACGUAGUAGAUGUGAGGAGUGGAACAGAUGAAGAUGGCGAAUACACUGAAUGCAAUAAUAUGACACUUAUUAAUUUUGUCAUAAAGCUGAUCGGACCCACCCACGAGCGAAAUCUCACUCUUCUGUUGCUACUCAUUCAGGUCCUUGGCAGCACGAUUGCAUUUUCGAUCCGGUACCAACUAGUGCGCUUGUUUUAUGAUGUCUGACUGGACUGUCAGGAGUGAGGGAAAGAGUUCUACCUGGCAGUCCAUUUUAUCCAGUUGCUUGACCAACUGAUGAUUCAACUGAUGUUGCUCCCACCCUCUGGGAACCUCAGAAUACCUGUCAAAACACAAGCAACUGCUUUGCGUGGGCUAGUUUUGAACCGGGAUGUUCUUUGUGCACCAAAGGCUUUUGUCCAAUUCUGUGAUAGAAAAGAUUCACUACUACUCGGACAUCAUUGUUACUAGGAAUACCUUUUAGAAGGGAAGCAAAUGACAGCACUUAGGGAAAGUGGGAAAGGUGGAAUCUCUAUACGUCUAACAAAGACUACUGUUCACCAAGAGAGAAAACAGCAACUUUAAUUUCUGUGAGCAGAAUAAGUAAACCAGACUCCAUUCCUGGCUUCUCCAAUCCUGUUUUUGGUCCAUGGACACAGAAUGACAUGUUAUAACCCGUACUCAAAACUAAGAGUACUCCAAGAAUAAAAUAAUUCAUGGUACCCUU